AUGUCGGGAGCAGCAUCAUCUGCAGGCGCAUCGAAGUUUGCGAACUUUAUGAAUCACCCCGCAGGACCCAAGACGGUCUUUUUCUGGGCGCCCGUCAUGAAGUGGUGUCUGGUCGCGGCUGGCUUGAAGGACAUGGGCAGGCCAGCAGAGAAGCUCAGUGUGUCGCAGAACGUCGCUCUGGCCGCAACCGGCCUGAUCUGGGUGCGCUACUCGUUCGUCAUCACACCGGUCAACUACUCGCUUGCGGCCGUCAACUUCUUCGUCGGCAUGUCGGGUCUCACACAGCUGGGUCGCAUCGCGAACUAUCGCUACGGGAAACAGCCAGAGACGGUCAAGCCGACCCCAGCGUAG